AUGAAGAAGAGCUCUUCUUUUCUCUUGGGCCACGCCGUCUUGGCUGACGUAUUGUCGGCACAACAAGUAUACGUGCCGGCAGGAGGUCCAACACCACGACCGCAAUGCCCAUGCUCAAAGGUCAAGGAGCCUCACUAUUCCUAUCAGCCCUUUAGCUUCACACUCACAGAAACUGUCCGAUAUGCCACAUCGGUACCUGCCCCGACGGCUACAACUACAUACGCUCCUCCUCCUGAUGCGGUGUCUGCCUUGGUCCCUUCUCUGUCGUAUGCCACAUGGGGCAACUGGAAUCGCAAUGCUCCCGUCAAGGCAAACGAUACCAACGAUCCAUAUGGUCAAGCUGCUUGGACUGCUCUUUGGCAGCAUGCCGACCCGCCAAACUUCACGGAAAGGGCUUUGUACAGCACAACUGUGUCUCCAACGCCCGUUGCUACCAGUGAGCUAGUGCUCCCUCCUCGAGACUACUUUGGACCGACCGACUGUUACGACUUUCCGGCCAACUUCUCCUUUGGAGUGGCCAGCUCCGCCUCCCAGAUCGAAGGCGCUGCCGCUGAUGAGGGCAAAUCUCCGUCUCUCAUGGACAUUCUGGUUCGGGAUUCGCGGCCAAAGUCUUACACGACCAAUGAACACUACUAUCUCUACAAGCAGGAUAUUGAACGCGUGGCGGCAAUGGGCGCCAAGUACUUCUCCUUCAGUCUCGCAUGGACUCGCAUUCUACCGUUUGCCUUGCCAGGAACACCAGUCAACAGGAAAGGCAUUGAUCACUACAACGACGUCAUCAACUUCAUCCUGGAGAAGGGCAUGAUUCCCGUCGCCACCCUGCUUCACUUUGACACGCCCCUCCAGUUCUACGGAGGUAACCUCACAACGGCCGCCGACAAGCCCGAGAUUGGAUACGUGAAUGGUGCGUACCAGAACGAGUCCUUCCCGGACGCCUUUGUCCACUACGCCAAGGUCGCCAUGACACACUACGCCGAUAGGGUUCCCAUCUGGUUCACCUUCAACGAGCCCCUGCUCUACUCGUACAAUGCCAAGUCCAUUGACCACGUCAUCAGGUCUCACGCCCGAGUCUACCACUUCUACAAGGAGGAGCUAAGGGGGACUGGACGCAUCUCUCUCAAGUUCAACAACAACUUUGGUGUGCCGCGGAACCCAAACAGCGAGGCUGACGUAUAUGCUGCCAACCACUUCAACUCGAUUCAACUGGGGCCAUUUUGCGACCCCAUCUAUCUGGGAAAGGACUAUCCCGAGUCGUUCAAAAAGACUUUCCCUGAUUACAUCCCUCUGAGCAAAGAGGACUUGCGAUACAUUGGAGGUACAGCCGACUUUCUCGGCAUCGAUCCGUACACCGCAACCGUCGUGGCUCCUCCAGUUCCCAAUGACUCCAACAGCGUCCUGGAAUGCGCGGCCAACUCGUCGUCGACGUUCAGGCCGUACUGUGUCAAUCAAACCUCCGUCACUGUCCAUGGCUGGGACAUUGGGUAUCGUUCACAGUCUUAUGUAUACAUUACUCCCACAUACUUGCGGAGCUACCUCAACUAUCUGUACAACACCUGGAAGACCCCAGUCGCCAUCACAGAGUUUGGAUUCCCCGUUUUUGCAGAGUCGGAAAAGGCAUUGUCUGACCAGUUGUUCGACUCUCCCCGGAGCAUCUACUACCUGAGCUACAUGUCCGAGGUUCUCAAGUCCAUCUGGGAGGAUGGUGUGGAGGUAAUUGGUGCGUAUGCUUGGUCAUUCGCAGAUAAUUGGGAAUUUGGCGACUAUAGUGCACAGUUUGGAUUGCAGGUGGUGAAUCGUACGACGCAGACAAGGUAUUUCAAGAAGAGCUUCUUUGAUCUGGUUGACUUUAUGAGGGCGAGGGGGGCAUAA